UUUUGUAUAAAAACUCAAUUCUUUUCUGUCAAUCAAGUGUUAUUAAUAGUUUCUAAUAAGUGAUAAUUAAAGUGUGGGUCAAGAUGGACGAUCAACAAUGGACAUUGGUAGAUACGGAAGUGACAAUUGUGAACCGAAAAAAAUCUUAUCAAAUUCCAAAACAAAAGUUAUCAUCGAUUCCUUACUUUGUGAAAUUAUUUUCCGAUUCUAAUUGUGGCACAACCAAAAUAGAACUUGAUCUUGAUGAAAGUUCAUUCGAUAAUAUAGUUGAUUUUAUUCUCAACGAUCAUCUAUCAAUUUCCAUGGAAAGCGCCUUUUCAAUGAUUGAAACUGUUGAUUACCUCGGAAUGGACGAAAUUAAACAGAAAUAUCAUGAUUAUUUCCAAUCAAAUUUUAAUAUUAAACUAUUGGAAGAAUAUUUAGACUUUUAUGAGAGCCAUAAAUACCAAGAAAUGUUCACUGAAAAAAAGCUCUAUUCUUUUAUUGCAAAGUAUUUUCUUCCAAUUUCCAACACAAGAGAUUUUCUAAAUUUUUCUGUUUCUCUAUUAGAACGCAUAUUGAAACUGAAAUUAGUUGUUUCUUAUGAGUAUCAAAUAGUUGAAGCUAUUCAUCGAUGGAGUGGAUUCUAUCAAAAAGCUAGAAGACAAUAUCUACCAAAACUCAUCAAGUUCGUUAAUUUUUGUCACUUGACCUAUGGAGACAUGCAAAACGUCACUUACAUGCUUGCUCAAUCUGGGUUCAACAUCCAUACUCUACAAUUUAAUGUACAUUCUUUUCAUGCCUGUCGCCCAAAACUCUGUGGAUCAGAUUGUGAAAGUCCUCGAUUUCAUUUUAAAACAUUGAUCGCAGUCUAUGAGUUUGAUGAAAAUACAAUUGAAAUACGACGUUUGACAGGACCAAAUCUCUGGACAAAAAAUGGUCGAUUUACUCGGGAUGAGAAAAUUUCAAAUUCUUUAAUUGUGGCAGAUCACAUUUUCGAUAUAAUCUAUGAUUCAGGAAGAAAAGGUAUUCGAGUUGAUUGGAGUACUAAGAAAUUCAAAGCUCUAAAAAUGUUUGGUGAUGACAAUUCUUAUUACGGUCAAAUUCACAAAUACAUGAACAUGUAUAUCACUCAAGAUAUUCAGGAUCCAUAUCGUUUGAGUGGAAUGAUCACAGAAUCGAAAAUGGUUACCAGGUAUGGACUUUCCUUGAGCCCGACACGAUUGGAAUUUAUUUCUCUGGGUGAUCACUUAGAGGGAAUUUGCUGUGGUCAUGAGCUGCCUUGUGAGUCUAAUCAAUCUGGUUUCUAUCCCAGUGUUAAUCCAGCUUAUUAUAAUUCUGACAGUAAACAGCACUAUUAUUAUCUUCCUUCUCUUGAUUAUCGACAAUUAUCUUCUUGUACGCUGCAAGGACCCGCUGAAACUCGUUCAUGUUUUUCCUUAGAUCAAACAUCAAUUAACAUUAAUUGCUCACAUCCUGAAAAAAUUUUGUACUUUUUAACGAAACAAGAUUUCAGUUUACAUUUCCUGAGAGGGUUUAGAAGUAAAAAACUUGAUUAUUCGUUUCUGAAAAGUUUCAUCGGAAGCGAUUCUCUUGACCAUAUCGAGUUGACUUCUCAUAACAACUCAGUUCUGAUUUGUAACAAGAAAACCAAAACCAUUUAUUCUCAUAUUAUGGGUACUGAUACUUGGCAAUUCAUGUCUGAAAUUGUAUCUCCCCAAAAGAUGAUUACAAUUGCAUCUAUCAAUUUACAUUCGGAAUAAUAACUGAUUUCCGAUACUCAAUCAAACUAAAUUGUACAAAACAAUCCUCAAAUCAAUCUAAUAAUAUCUUAGCUUUCGAUAGCUGUUAUUAGCUUUUUUCCUCUACCUAUGCUUACAGAGACUCUCACUCAUUUUAGAUCACCCGAUAUAUUGAAAC